ACGGCAAACAUGUGAGGUUUCAUCCAUCCGGUGCCAAAUCUGUAGGGCCUCUUAAGCUUGGUAAUCUAUCACCAAGUUGCAACACAUAAAAACUCUUCAAAACUCAAACCACCGAUAGCGUUAGGCAGGGAUUUCUGGUGAGUUGUCAGUUAUCCUGGACAAAGGCCUUGCUGUUCCUGACCCUUAUUUCUGAUGCUGUGUGCUACAGGAGCAUCGUUCUCUGGAUGUUUCAGCAAAUUCUGUAUAGGUUUAGCCUCUUGUCUAUCAAUAACAGGAUAAACGCGUGUAUUCAGCGUCGUCGUAGACCUCCGAAUAGCGGAUCAAUCAUUUUAGUACAGGUAGAGUGGCUGACCAUAAGCAUCUAUGCCCCCCACAUGGCAUUGAGAGGCAGCAAAAUUGAGUUUCACCCCCUGAUUUGCUGAGCAGCAGUAACACUAACCAUUCCCUUUCUGUUCAUGAUUCUGUGACAAUUCCAGUAGGACACUCACUAAUUGGGAGGUGGAGAAUGAGACCGUCCUGGGUGUUUCUAUACCAGGAAGGCUCAGCAGUACAAGCCCUACCUGACCGCUGCGUGUCCCGCCAUGGACAAUGAGGAUGUGGGUGUUGGUUGGGACUAGCUUUUCUCUGACAAUAUCAUGGCUGCUUGAGGCCAGGGCAGCAUAGCAGGAUGCAUUUGUUGGGUUGGCCGGCCGGCCGUUCCAUGUGCUGCACCUGCACCUUUGGCCCAACCCAAAUGGCUUUUCCUGUUGCUGGGUGCUGGCACAGAGCAAUCAGGAUGGAUGCCUCUCUCUCUGUAUCUUCCAGCUCUGGUCUGGUCCUCUGCAUCAGUACCUGGUGCCAUUGCUUGUGAUCUUUGACCAGAGCUGCUUGCCUUCUCCAUGAAAUUGUGCGUCCUCCUAGUAAUGUCUGAUUCAACACUUAAAUUAAGUACCGUGUGUCCUACUCCUACCGUCUAGAAGUAACUCCAUGAGCGAUUGGGAUUUAUGAAGGAGUACUGUGCUGACAGUUCUUACUGACAGCCUUAAGGCUUUUGGGAGCAUUAUGCUGAAAGGAAGGCUAACAUGUUCUCACAAGGAUACUGCCAAGAGUUCUCCAAAAUCGACUCAAUCACCAGAGAUCUCGUCAAAGGAAUUGGAGGACGACAACAGUGUAAAGGUGAAGGUAUUGAGCGAGAGGCUGUCGUCCGUAGUUCUGGAUAUCCGUGCGAAGGACGAUCUCGUGAAGCAGCAUUCCAAAGUUGCAGAGGAAGCUGUUCUAGGAUGGGAGAAGGCCGAGAAGGAGAUCGCAUCACUGAAGACGCAGCUGAACGCUGCAACUGCCAAGAACUCUGCGCUCGAGGACCGGCUCGUCCAUCUUGAUGGUGCCCUGAAGGAAUGCGUCCGGCAACUCCGGCGUGCCAAGGAAGAUCAGGAGCAGACGGUGCAGGACGCGCUGACACAGCAAGCACGGCAAUGGGAGUCCGAGAAGACCGACCUAGAGCUGCGCACCGUCGAGCUCACGGCGAGGCUGGAGGCCAAGUCUGAGCGCUCGGUGGCCACCGAUGGCGACACCAGCGCGAGGCUGUCUGCUCUGGAGAAGGAGAACUCAGCUCUGAAGGUCCAGCUGCUCGCCAAGACGGAGGAGCUCGGGCUCAGGACCCUAGAGAAGGAGCUGCACAGGCGGGCCGCCGAGACGGCGAGCAAGCAGCAGCUGGAGGGCUUCAAGAAGGUGGCCAAGCUCGAAGCCGAGUGCCGGAGGCUGCAGGCGGCGGCACGGAGACCCUCCUUCAACAUCGAGCUCAGGCGCGCUCCAAGCUCGGUCUGCGCCGAGUCGGUGACGGACUACCAGUCGGACUGCUCGGACUCAUGGGCCUCGGCUCUGAUCACCGAGCUUGAUCAGUUCAAGAACGACAAGGGCAACGCGGGCACGAGGAGCGCCAACCUCGCGACCGCAGACAUCGGCGUGAUGGAUGACUUCCUCGAGAUGGAGAGGCUCGCCUCCGCGAACGACUCAUCGAAAGGCGACGCCGAAGACGCGAACGUCCAGGUGGUGAAGCUAGAGGAGAAGGUCAAGAAGUUGGCAGCCGAGAAGGCCGACAGGGAGAAGGCGCUGCAUGAGGCACAACGCGAACUGAGGGCUUCCCGCCAUCGGGCAAAGGUGGCAGAGGAGAAAUCAGCUGAAUUGCAGAGGCAGCUGAACCUUGCCAAUGGCGGGAAGCAUGCAAUGGAGGCCGAGAUGAAAGCCGUAGAGGCGAAGAGAAGUGAGCUUGAGGGUAGACUUGAGCUUGCCCGUGCCGAGAUCGCGAGCUUGCUGGACAAGGGCCGCGUGCUGGAGGAACGGCUCGAGUCCGAGAAGGUGCUGACGCUGGAGCUCGCAGCUAAGUAUCAGGAUAUGGAGGCAUUGGGAGCAGAGAAGAGAGAGCUGUGCGCUCAGUUAGAGGCAUCACGGUCUGAAGACAAGAAGUUCAGAGAUAAGAUCACUCUGCUGGAGAGGAAACUGGAGGUGGAGAAGGCCUUGUCAAUUCGUCUCGCAACGAAAUGCCAUGGCAUUGAGGCUCUGGAAGCGAAGAAGAAGGGUGUAGAGCUCGAGUUGGAGUCGGCACAAGAGGAAAUCGCUUCGCUGCAGAAGAAAGCGAGCGGCUUGGAACAGAAACUUGAGGAAGAGAAGGCGUCGUCUAAUGAACUCGCAAUGCGGUGCAAGGAUUUGGAGGUAUUGAGUAAGCAUAGAGAUGAGCUUAGAUCUCAGCUGGAGUCUGCAAAUUCACGGAUCAUUGAGCUGAGCGAGACGGUUAAAAUGCUCGAGGAUGUAAUCGAGAAACACAGGCCAGUGACAGUGGAAUUGGAAUCUCAACUCAAGUCGAGACGAGCUGAAAUCAACAGCUUGAAGGAAGAUGUCAGCCUGUUAGAAAAGAAGCUGGAGAGCCAGAAGAACUUGUCAUCAGCUUACGUAACUGCAUUGGGUGCUUCUGAAGAUGAGAAGAACAAGCUGGCUAGUCAGUUUGAACUCAAAGAGAAAGAAGCCGAGGAAUUACGCGGAAUGGUGAGUUUGCUGGAGGAACAGAUUCACAAAGAGAACGAACAAUCGUUGGAAUUUGCAGCGAAAUGUCAGAAGAUGGAAGAAAAGUUGUCCAGCAUGUCUCUUGGUCACCAACCAUUGAAGCCUGUGGCAACCAAAGAUCUUCAGAACAGAAAGGAGAAAGAGCUAGCCAAGGCUGCAGGGAAACUGGCAGACUGCCAGAAGACGAUAGCUUCACUCAGCAGCAAACUGAAAUCCUUGGCUGAUUUCGAUAAUUUCAUCCCUGGAACCGAGAACGAAAGCGCCUCAGCUGACGCCUGGGACGAUGGUGAUCUGAAGCUGCUCCAUCCAGCAAGUUAUCCUGCGCGAAUCGGUUGUUUGGCAGCCACAUGAUCGUCGUGGCAAGUGGAUAGCGAAACUAUUUUGUUUGGCUUUUCGCAUGAUUGCUGUGAUGGCAUCGCCAUGAUCUUCCCCACAUGCUAUAUAGAGAUAAGCUAAUAGUUCAUAGGUAAGCAAGUGUUCAUAUGGAAGCUGCCUAUAGAGUUGGUGAAAAAGCCUUUUUGGGAACUCAUAGUAAAGGUUUAUCUUUGUUCUCUCU